AUGGAUGGAUGGAUGGAUGGAUGGAUGGAUGGAUGGAUGGAUAGAUGGAUGGAUGGAUGGAUGAAUGGAUGGAUGGAACAAAAAUCCAAGAACCCUGUUUUGAUUGCGUUAUUUUUGCUAACAAAACUAACUCUGCCAAUGGCACAGGACGACAACCACAUAAAAUUUGCUAGUUUAGGUGCAUCUGAAGGUGAACCAAACAAAAGUGUUAACCAGCCAACUAACUGGACCAGUGAACAAAUGGACGAAGCGGAACAGGACGGAUUGAUAGUUGAAUGA